GUAGGCGGGUCGUUCUAAGUUUUUGCCUCCGGCGCUAACGGUGCUGGGUUUUCAUGUUGCGCUCUGCUGGUUGAAUCCACUUGCUGUACACUAAGUGCUUUGGGUUUUAAGAUGCCUCUUAUCAGUACGAAGCUACAUGUAUUGAACCCGGUAUGGAGAAAAAAGAAACCUCGUGACACUGAGCAACACGAAGAACCCGAACCAAAACCAGCAUUUAUCGUCCCAGAAACUCAAGAAAUUUGUACAUCUGCCGAGGAACUGCAGCGCAAAAUUACUAUAUAUAAUGAAAAUAUAUGGACUUGUCGUGUAACUGGGAAACCUAAUUUAACUUAUCGGGAAGCAUUGAAAACUGAAGCAACUGCUAUUCGGACACUAAAAAAGUGUUUCCCCAAGUUUUUUGAAAAAACCAUCCUUGAGCGCGUCCAUCUCAGUACUCUGCCCCUGGAAUCCUUGGUACACAGCUGCUGGACCACCAUACAUGAACAAUUUCAUAUUGCGGAACCUGUGAAACUAAAAGUUGACUCUGUUUCGAAUACACCAAUACGUGGAAUAAUUGAUGAUAUAAUAAAAUCUCAAACUGUACCGACACCUGUUCCGGAUAACACUUCACCGAAUAAUAGUGACAAAGAAAAUGUGACUAAAAAGAAUUCUCCCAUCAAGAAAAACUACGCUUACAGUGUUAAAGUCCUUUCGGAUAUCCCUGUUGUUGUACAUGAUGUUCCAGCCUGUUCCAUUGACCGUAUCAACCGAGCACCUUCCAAAGACCAUAUCAAAAUGUUUAUUCGAAGUCAUGCUAUGCGUUAUGGACCAAACUUUACAGGUCCAUGGAUUGUAAAUGAGGAGCUUUUACGACGUCAUAAAAUACCUUUAAAAAGCCCCGGAUGUCAAGUUGAUAAAGUUAAGUUAAAACAAAUGUCCAAAGCCCUGGAGGAGGAAUACUUUGUACGCGUUAUGAACUCCCGACGUCAGUCCAACGGAGAAGGUACAUCAGAUGAUGUUACCUCAAGCACACCACUUAAUUUUAAACGUAUCAAACGCUUCUCUGUUCUACGUGAAGACAACACUCCCAAGAUGCUUGAAGAAAAUGAAGAUAACUUGCCGCUAGCUCAGUUAAAAGAUCGUUCUCAAUUUAAACAAUCAUUGGAGGAUAGUAGAAAGAAGAAAAUGAAACAGUCCACCUUAUUUCAAUUUGGCAAGAAAACUCCUACAAAAGAUGAAAUACCAGACAAGUCAGCAAUCAAUCGUCCUAAAAAGAAUACUAAUGAAAGAUGUGCAUUACCUCGAGUUGCUCAACAUCUCAUCAAAAUGUUUGGAGAAGAUCGUAAUAAUCCAGCCAUAGAAACUCAGAUAAGACUUUGUGCAAAAUUCAUAAGUGACGUAGAUAUUCUUAAGUUGCCUGUUGAAUUACGCGAUCCUGUGCGAUCAAAGAAAGAAGCGUUUGCGUUCAAAAAAAAGUUACUGACUAUGUCACCGACUCAACGAAAGCAAGCACUCCAAGAAAUGAAAGAAAAACAGAAGAUUGAACGUAUUCACGCUAAUAAAUUGCUUGAUGAUCAACAUCUUAUGACUGCUUUGCCUCAGUGCUCUCGUUUACCUGAACCUUCCAAACUUGAACUUCCUCCUAGUUUCAACGAAUCUUUGUUUGGACGCCUGCUAGGAUUAACAGAAUUUUUCCAUGUCUUCCAUAGCUUACUUGUUGAAGGAUCUGUUGAUGAUACCGAGGUAGAGAAUCCAUCUGAAAAUAAUGUCCUAUCUGGCUUUUGUCGCUUUCCAGUCGAAUCUCUUGUAGCCGGGGUUGGUGAACCGGGUUAUUCUGAUGAUGAUGACGAUGGUAAUACUGAUGAAGAAGAGGAAGAAGCUGGAUUAACUGAAUCAAAUGCUCCACUUCCGAAAAUAUGUAUAAAGUCAUUGCGUCGUCUAGGAUUGAAACGAUUACUUAACGCUGUCACCACAAAUAAUCCAUCAGCCGGUGCCUAUCGAUCACUAGCACGUCCUUUAAGUGUCCUAUUACGCUUAGUCUUAAGAGAUGAACAAAUAGGUAAAAAACGGGAGUUGGGCUUGAAACUGGCUAAAUUCCCAGUUACACCGUAUACAGCUCCUGAGCUCCUUAGAUUGACUCUUUUAAACGAAAUCCCAUCAAAUCAUGCUAGAACAACUAUAUUGGAACAAUUACGAAAUCAUGAUGCUCCAGUCACUGAUCCUAAUCCAUUUGACCAGAAUUCUGUGACACAACUUAUACACCACUUAUCCAACUCUGAUCUACAUGAACUGUUUCCAGAAAUACGUGUAAUAGCGUUGGAAUGGGCAGUGGAUAAAAUUUUCGAUCUUGAUCUUAUAGAUGAUCAUAUUAUGGCAUGUCAACGUCGUGCAGCUGAUGCUUGGCAAAGGAAAAUUCAGGUGUUACGUGAUAAAAACUUACGAAAAAAAGACAAAAAAGAUAAUGCAAAUGAAGCUAACAAAGCCACCAGUAAUAAUAAUAAUAGCAAUAAUAUAUCUACCAAUCAACUUGAUGAGUCGAAGUCUAAAGCAGACACUCCUACCGCUACUGCUGAUGAUAUCACAGAUUCUGAAAAUGACUUAGCAUCAAUUGUAAAACGCAGACGAAUUCUAGCUGCACGAGCAGCAAUAGAAAAGGAAGAAAAAGAAAAUCUGGAACGUCAACGCCGUCUGGAAAUGGCUCAAGAACAUGCUGAAGAACGUGCAAUUAAUACAGUUAGUCGACUUCAUGAUAUUCGGUCUACAGAAGCAAAAUGUGUUCUACGAAACAACCCUAUUGGUUAUGAUAGAUAUUAUCGUCGUGUUUGGUAUUUCCGUUGUUCUCCGGAUCGUUUGUUUUUGGAGGCUAAUUGGGCUUCCUCAAGUAUCAUGUAUUCGGUUGAUUCCUUUAGAAAAAAUGAAUCUGUCCCAAUUACCACUCUGAGUGAUGAAACAAUACCACAACCUGCUCAUGGUUUUGUAAAAAAUGGCACAUUGAACAGUGGAACUAUUUCAAGUUCCUGGAGUAAUUGGUAUUUUUAUGAUCGUCCUGAACAGUUAGAUGAAUUGUUAAAUUCAUUGCUAACUCGCGGUGUUCGAGAAAGUCAUUUAAAAAGUCAGUUAUUGGCAGAUGGAUUUCUGGAGUCACUUAAAAAAAGAUGGAGAAGUGGUCUCUCAAAUGAAUUGGUAAUUAAAGCUGACACGACGAAUGGUACUCCUAUAAAUGUAGAAAAACAUCCAUCUCAUAAACGUGAUCUUCCUGCUGGAGCCGCUUUGGCAGGAGCAUUGUUAAAAAAUAUUUUAGAUACCGAGGUUCGUCUAAGAUCCGGUGGUCUCGGUGGUGUACCAGAUUUUACAAAAUGGCAAGAGCGUUUAGCACAAAUACAAGAAUCCUAUGGAAUCCAACAAGAAACUCUUAAUGUAAAUUUGUCUUCAAAACCAAAUCUGUCAGCUUUAUCCAGUCUAUGUGAAUUGCCAAAUAAAGCAGGACUUGCUAUUGCUCUUAUUGAAGUAGCUGAAAAUAUAAUACCUCGCUUUUUAAACGUUCCUGAUCUUUGCACCAAGUCAAAAUUCAACUCUAAUCAAAAUGGAACAAAUGAUUGUCAUGAUCUAAAAACUCCCUUUCCAGAUCAUGUACCAUUUUGUAGAUUUUCAUCUGGAGAAGAUUCAGACGCAUCUGAAAGUAAUGAUCGUUCACAGGAACUGGAGAAAGCUGUUUUAGACCCUGAAGCUCAUGAACUACGAACUCGUGCUUGGAUGGCAGCUUGGCGUACUGAAGUUCAAAAUGCUCGUACACUGACCCGAUUAAAUCUCUUACAUGCAUGUCUGGAUGCAUGUGUUCGCUGGGAAAAGUCAGUGGAAGAUGCGCGCUGUCGUAUUUGUCGUCGGAAAACAGAUGAUGAUAAUUUACUACUUUGUGACGGUUGUAAUCUUGCUUUCCAUCUCUACUGUUUACGUCCACCAUUAAAACGUGUACCAACAGGUGAUUGGUUCUGCCCGACUUGUGGACCAGCCUCCCGUGCCCUUGAAAAGCGUAAGCGUGAAGAACGUUUAGCUCGGUCUGCAAGACGACGAAAACGUGCUUUGUCAUCUGAUGAUGAAGAACAAUUAAAUUCCGAUAAUAAUGAAGAAAGUAGUGGCGAAAGUGAAGCUACUCAAAAAAUCAAACGUCGAAAUCCCCGUUCAUUUCGAUCCAAAGGCGGUAAUGACUCAAGUGCGUUCAAUAUAAAACGUUCAAUUAGUCCAGCCAAUCGUAAUUCAGUUUCAUCUAGAAAUAUCAGACACGAUACAUCCUGUCUUGUUUGUUCAGAUUCAAUUGGUGAUUUGGUUCUAUGUUCCAACUGUCCCAAUGUAUUCCAUCUGGACUGUCACGAUCCCCCAUUGCAUCAUAUUCCACGUGGAGAUGGUUGGCAGUGUUCAGUUUGCCGGUCGAAUAAAAAACGUUCUACUAUUACUUCUUAUUUUCAAAGCAGAGAUUAUCGUCGGAAAACUUAUCAAGCAAUUUUCAAGAAACGAGUUGUCAGUCCAGAUGAACGUAGCGAUGAUGAACUUUUAAAUAGUACAUCUUUUACUCGUUCAACACGAAGUAACAAUAGAUCUCGAAGGAAUAUCGCAAUGUCUGACACUGAUGAUGAACAACAAUCGAGUGAAGCAUCUUCAGAUGUAGAUAUCCGCUCUAAUAAUCAACGUCCAAUUUCCCGUCGACGUAGUGCUUCACGAUCAGCGUCUGCUCUUAGUUCACAACUAAAUAAAUAUCCAAAACGUAGACGACGACACUUGUCUGAUCAGGAGGAUACUUCAGAAACAGAACAAAUGGACGAAAAGUCUCAAUCUUUAUGUUCACACAUUCUUGAUGCUGUGUAUAAGCACAAACACUCAUGGCCGUUCAGAAAACCUGUUGAUAGAAGCCAGGUUCCCGAUUAUUAUGAAAUUAUCACAGAUCCUAUCGAUUUGUCCAUGAUGCGUGAUUGGCUUUCUGAAGGACGGUAUAACACGGAAACUACCAGCGCAGGACUGAAGAAACUAGUACAUGAUCUAGGUACUAUGUUUUAUAACGCCGAAUUAUAUAAUGCUGCUGACUCAGACGUUUGGUUAGCUGGAGAGCAGUUAGAAAAAUUCGUGAAGAAUCAGUUCGCUCAUAUAAACACAGAUGUUAUCUACUCUAGACCAGCACUUGGUGAUGCAUGAAUAUGAAUAUUAAUAAUCGUAUUUUGGUGAAAUUAUGAUGGAUAUUUUUUUGUGUGGAAAUAUCUGUUUUUGAAUCAUUUGUGUACGCAUAAAAGCAAUAAUCUAAGUCAAGUUUUGAUAUGUGUGUGUUUAUACUGUCUCCUGUUAUUAAAAACAAACUUACAAUGACUCGAUUUAAACAAUACACAUAAUCUUCUUAUUCAUUAUUAUUAUUAUUAUUAUUUUGACUAUCAGCUUAUUCUCUAUUUGUCUUUUUUAUUUUGUCAGUGGAUAUUCUAAGUGUAUGCAUUUACAAUUUAGAAAGAGAGAAUUAUAUAUAUCUAUUUUCUAGUGUGUUUUUGUUUCAAACUUUUUUUUAAAAAAAAAAAAACAAAUUAUUUAUUUAAGUAAAGUUGUAUUCGAAUUAACAACAUUCAGUGAAACAGUUUUGAAUAUGUAUUUUUUUCUCUAUUUUGUUUUUCCUCUAAUUUUUUUCUACUUUUUUCUUUUCUUUAAAAAUCAUCGAAUCACUUGUGCUCAACAUUGUCAAUGUGUGCUUCCUUUGUGUAUAUGAUUGAUAAUUGUUCAGUGACUUCUAUUUCUCUUCCCCUCCUCUCUCUUUCUUUCUGGUUCUCCCUUUUCUUGUGUCACAUUCUUCAUGAUAUAGAUGUGCAGGUUUGUACAGCCUUAUUGUACACUUUUUUCUCUCUCUCUCUCUCUCUCUAUAUAUAUAUAUAUAUAUAUAUAUAUAUAUAUAUAUAUGAUUGAUUCUUGUAAAGGUAUAUUUUAUUUGUCCCUUUUUAUGUAUAUUUGUGUCACAGUAAUAAUUUGUCUACAAUAUUGUCAUGACGUAUUGAUAAUGUAACACACAUUUGUUGAACUACCUUCUUAAAAAAAUAGCUUGAUUUUUAAUAAACAAAGUAUUCCUAUUAUUAUCGGUUGUGAAUUAAUUAAAAGAUGGUAUAUACACAUAUCAUUGUUAUUUUUAGCAUUUAUGUCUUAUUGCAAGAAAUUAAUAGUGUAAUAAAAAUAUCUGGAAAAAAACUAGCGGAUUUAUAUGAAAUAGACCUAUAAUAUUGAUAACUAUUAGGUCAAAGUACUGCACUACGUCAGGACUGCAACUUAGGAUCAGCUUUAUGUCGUGUAUUGAAACAUGAAUAUUAUUGACAACAUUGAUGAAUAUACUGUGAGCAGGGAGAAAAUCAGGAUCAGUGUACAUUAAAUAACUCAUGUUUAUUCAGUCACCAGCUUUUAUAAUGUUACUAUCAACAAGAUACAUGUUCACAGAUUUCAUGAGCGCACAGUAGAUAGAAUUCAUUUUACUUGUAAUGUAUUAGACUGAUUUAAGAUUUGCGUAUGUUAUGUAUUUAUUUGAACACAUAAAUAUUGGUACAAGGGGGCACCAGAUAUAUAUACACAACAAAAAACAAUGAAAAUGGGGAGAGAGAAAAAGGAAGGUAAAAUGCGUAUAAGAAAAAAAGAACAAUAACGACCACAGAUUAGUGUAAAGUAGUGUAGUAAUGAUAAUAAUGGCGGAAAAGGAAAGGUACAACCAGAAGAAUUCUUUCAGUUAAGGAAGUAGUAACCACCUUUUAUGAAGAAAGUAAAAGAAGGUUACAGCAGGAUCGCCACUGGCUUCUAUUCUGAGCCAUAUCUGAUAACGUCUCUAGCCACUGUGUAGCACCAUCCCUCGGACCCCAGCCAGAGAGUCGUGAAGGACCAACACAAGCCAUCCCUUUGCAGAUUUCUUUCAUACCCCGACACCAUGU